UUUUUAUUUUUCUAAUUUUAUUUUAAUCUUGAAUCAUUUUAUUUUUAAAAUUAAAUCAAGGUUUCUAUAGCUUCAUUGCAUUCUUAUUUUAUUACUUCGUCUGGGGUUGACUUUAGGCUUCUCCCCCUAAACAUAUAUAUAUAUAUAUAUACAGUUACACACCUACAUACAUACAAAUCAUUGUCAUGAUCAUCUUGUUAACUUACAAUUAGGGUUUAGAGAUUAAUUACUUUGCAAAUUCUUGAGUUUAACUAGGACCAUCGGUAGUAAUAUUGUUCUAGUCGUAUUGUUUCUCUUGCCGUCGUCGUAUAUAAUAUGUCUUCUCAGCCGAAUCAUCAGACUUCAAUAUCCAGUUUUCUCCAUGAUCGCUUGCAUAUCCCUGCAGAAACAAUCAUUGAGAAGGAGUCCGCAGAGAAGGACACUUGUCAAUCACAAAGAAAAAGGAAGGAACCAGUUUUGAAUGAUGGAGGCUCCUCAAGUGGUGCAGCAGCAAAGAAACUAGACCAUAACGCCAAGGAGCGUCUUAGGAGGAUGAGACUUCAUGCCUCUUACCUCACUCUCGGCACUCUUCUUCCUGAUCACUCUUCUUCUUCCAAGAAGAAAUGGUCUGCACCGUCUAUCAUCGAUAAUGCAAUAACUUACAUUCCCAAGCUGCAAAAUGAAGUUGGAGAGCUAACUCUAAGAAAGCAGAAGCUUGCGGAAUUAGAGAGACGAGUUCCUUCCAUUCGAGCAAUCUCGGUUCUUGAAUUAGGGGAGUCAGGUUAUGAGGCUGUUGUACAGAUUUGCUUGAAGAAGGAAAACGAAGACGAGUUCUCGAACCUCCUUCAUGUGAUGGAGGUGCAAGGUUUGAGUAUUUUAAGUGCUUCUACUUCUCUAGUUUGCCGAGAGCAAAGGGUGGUUUGCUACAACUUUCAUGUCAAGAUGGAUGAGAAGCCAUGUGAAGGUGAUGACUACAUCAAAUUGUUAAAGAAGAACAUCAUUUCUUCGCUUCGUGACAACACAAAAUGCAAAUGAUCAAUAUAAUGAGGUAAUAGAAUUAAUGGAAUAUCUUUGAUGAUGCAAAUCACAAUUGUCAUUCCUCUUCUUGCUAUAGAUCAUGUUUGGUUCUUGUGUUUGAAAUCUCAUAUCAACCGUAUUUAGAAUUUAGAAGUUAUUUUUAUCUCCUUAUGCUAAAAGAACCUUAUUACUAUGCCUCAAGAUCACGAGUUUGGAUAUGCUUUGGUCUCUCUCGGAUCCGAGAUUAAUAUGGACGAAAGGCCAUAACUUCUUGUAAUCCAAAAAGAAAAUUUCUUUGUAAUAGUAGCUAGAACCCCAGUUUUGAUUAUUUUA